CUCGAUCCACUUGUUGUUUACUUCAAUUCAUGCUCAUUCUUGUUUGUUCCAGCCAGAAAAGAAAAAUCAAAGAAAUCUUGCCGGUCUGAAUUGAAUGGCGGUAGCAUCUCCGUCAGAGAGGUCAUUGGAGGAAACACCAACGUGGGCGGUGGCAUUGGUUUGUGCCGUCUUCAUAAUCAUUUCAGUCAUCAUUGAACAUGGGAUUCAUUCACUAGGCAAGUUGUUCCAUAAAAAAAACAAGAAAGCAAUGAUUGAAGCCUUGGAGAAAAUGAAAGCAGAGCUGAUGCUAUUAGGGUUUUUAUCAUUGCUAUUAACGGUGGGUACAAAAUACGUUGCCAAAAUAUGUGUUCCUGAAAAGGUCGGCUACAAAAUGCUUCCAUGUAAAGUGAAAGAUUACGAUGAUAAAAAGAAAGGCGGUGACGGUGAUGACGAGGGUGAUCAACACCGGAAAUUGCUUUCUUUUAGUGAAGAAAUGAUAUUCCGACGAGUUUUAGCCGGAGCCAGUGACAGCGGAACUACUUGUUCCGAGGGAAUGGUUCCGAUGAUAUCAUAUUCGGCGGUUCACCAGCUUCAUAUAUUCAUUUUUAUUCUUGCCGUCUUCCAUGUCCUUUAUAGCGUCGUUAUCAUCGGCCUUGGUCUUGCCAAAAUGAAGAAAUGGAAGGCUUGGGAAGCAGAAACUUCUUCUUUGGAAUACGAGUUCACAAACGAUCCUGCGAGAUUUCGAUUUGCCCAUCAAACCUCCUUCGUUAAGCGUCACACUGGCCUUUCUACAAAACCCGGAAUUAGAUGGGUGGUAGCCUUUUUCAGGCAAUUUUUCGGAUCCAUAUCCAAGGUGGACUAUUUGACAAUUCGCAAUGGAUUUAUAAAUAAACAUUUUGCUCCAAGUAGCAAAUUUGAUUUCCACAAGUACAUCAAGAGAUCCAUGGAAGAUGACUUCAAGGCAGUCUUGGGUAUAAGUAUCCCACUUUGGAUGUUCUCCAUCAUCUUUCUCCUUUUAAAUGUCCAUGGAUGGCAUGCACUUACUUAUCUCUCCUUUGUCCCUCUCGUGAUUCUUUUGUUGGUGGGUACAAAACUUGAACUAGUGAUCAUGGAAAUGGCUCAACAAAUUCAAGAUAAGGCAACAAUUGUUAGGGGGGCUCCGGUGGUAGAGCCGACCAACAAGUUCUUUUGGUUCAAUAACCCUCAAUUGGUCCUUUUCUUGAUCCAUUUCACUUUGUUUCAGAAUGCAUUCCAAAUGGCAUUUUUCUUGUGGACAGUGUAUGAAUUUGGGAUACACUCUUGUUACCAUGAGAGCAUGGUGGGAAUUGGCGUUCGAGUUGGUUUGGGGGUGCUUGUUCAUAUGAUGUGUAGCUACAUCACAUUCCCUCUCUACGCCUUGGUUACACAAAUGGGAACUCACAUGAAAAAGUCCAUAUUCGAAGAGCAAACCACCAAAGCUCUAAAGAAGUGGCAAAAGGCUGCCAAGGAAAGGAAGAGGUUGCGAGAACUUGGUGGUGGCGGGGGAGUUGGAGAUAUCUCUAAAUCAGACCUAAUGAGCCCUGAACAUACGCCAAGUCGUGGUUCAUCGCCAAUCCAUCUCCUCCACGGCCAAAAUCACCGAUCUUCCAUGGCAGAGAGUGAGAUCGACAUUCCACCUUCUCCAAGAUCAUAUGCUUCAGAGACGGAACUCUCUGAUAUGGAAGCUUCAUAUCAUACUCAAGAUCGUCCAAAGAAUAUGGAUCAUCGGGAUUUCUCAUUUUCUAGAUCAUCCUAGGGUCUUAUUAAGUACAAUAUUACAAUGAAACAACCGUUACAUUUCUUGAUUUUUACUGGUUAUGCUUCCACCAUUCAAAGGAUAAUGUGUAUUUCCCUAA